GAAGUGUACGCACAACCAGAAUAAUCUACAACGUCGACCGCUUUUUUCUUCCUGUAACUGAACUUUCAAUAGGAACUUCGAUGGAAUCUCUAGAGAAUACUUCAGAAGCAGAAAAGUUUUUGAUCAGAGCAGGUCUCCAUGACUACGUCGGAGAAUUCAAGAAACAAAAGUUUGAAAAAAUGUCAGACCUUAAACUCUUUCUGAGCUUAGACAAUAAUUCCUGGGUUGUCGACAAGUUGAAUCUGCCAGUAUGUGUUUUGCUUCAAUUGCAAGAAGCAUUAAAACACCACUCUUCAGAAAAAACAGGUGAUGCAGAACAGUGUUCAUCAGGGAUCAAUGACAAAGUCCAGUCAAACAACUGUAUGGACACAGACACAAAUGAAUGUAAAGCAUCAAAUGAGGCAUCGCCUAAAGAGCUAAAGAAAUCAGAGAUUUUAAAGUUACAGAAAACGAAUGUAGAAGCACAAUCUGCAAAUGAAGAAUUGAAGACUUUUACCACUUAUUUGGCAGGGAAGGUCAAAGCAACAAAGUGGCAUGGAGGAGGAGCCUUGAGGUUGUCUUCUGGGACAACACACGAAGAAGCGCAGGCUAAUAACCUGCUGGUCAAUGUCAUCCUCGAUGACAAAGCCAUCAAGUAUGGAAAGUGUGUUGUAAGAGGCCAUGGUGUGGUUACACUUGACAGGAAGCGUGCAAAGGCCUUCAUCGGGAAUAAACUGUCCCAUACAAGAAAACCAAGUGCAUAUAAGGGAAAAGAUAACAAAAAGAGCAAAACGACUUGUGAAGGAGAAAAGGAGCAACCAACUAGAAGGCUCCCUCUAGAACCUGAGGUAAUUAUUGCUGUUCCUGAUGUUCAGGAGGAACAAGCGAAGAGUAGAUUCCAGCAUGAAGAAAUUGCUGACAUUGAGGAGGAACAACAGAUAAGAAAAAGGCCCCAUCUCAAAGAAAUUGCUGAUGAGGAGCAACCUAAUAAAAAAAAGGGUCGCCCAAGAGAAAGAUGCAAGCGACUGUAACGKGGAAGAAAAUGAAGAGGAACAAGAGCAGUGUCAAUUUUUGCGGCAACGCAAUGAAAGAAUAGAACGUAACAAACAAUUCCUGCGGGAAAUUGGAUUGGUAAGAAU